AUGUCGACCUCUUCGGGCGUCCCCGAGUCCUGGAUAUCCAGUUUCUGCUCUCUUCUCGGCCAUGAAUACUUUGCCGAAGUCUCGGAGGAGUUUAUCGAGGAUGACUUCAACCUGACUGGCCUGCAGUCCCAGGUUGCCAUGUACAAGGAAGCAUUGGAGAUGAUCCUGGAUGUGGAACCAGAGGACGACGAGGAAGAGGAGGAAGAGGAGGAGGAAGAGGAUGAGAACGAGUCAGACCCAGAACGCUUGACUAGAGCAGCCAGCGAGCGGAGGCAUCACCGCAUGGCCAGCGACUUGUCCGUCAUCGAAUCCUCUGCCGAGAUGCUGUACGGCCUCAUCCACCAACGCUUUAUCUGCUCCAGGGCUGGCAUCCAGCAGAUGAGUGAAAAGUACGAGCUAGGCCAUUUUGGCUGCUGUCCCAGGACAAACUGUGACCAAGCUCGCACUCUGCCUGUCGGCCUCUCCGAUAUCCCUGGCGAGGACACGGUUAAGCUCUUCUGCCCAUCAUGUUUAGACGUUUACGUCCCGCCCAACAGCCGUUUCCAAACUGUCGACGGCGCCUUCUUUGGUCGUACUUUCGGCUCCCUCUUUCUCCUUACUUUCCCAGAAUAUGACCUUACUAAGCGCGGCAUCGAAGUGCUGUCAUCCACGAGCUCUCGUGUUAACGAAGGCGAUGGUCUCAUCAACGGCAUGUACGCAAAGAAUAUUGGCCCUGGUCUAGGUCGUGAGCAUAUAUACGAGCCUCGCAUUUAUGAUAUCAACGAGCUCGAUGAAGCCCGUCUCUACGCAGAACAGAACCCUGACUCGGAGGAUGACGACGAGAACAGCGGUCAAGCUGGUGUGAAUGGCAGAGUUAUGGUUCGUCGACGCCCUCCUGGAAACGCUCGCCUUCGCCAGAGGCAGAACAACAAUGGUAGCCCCAUGGCUCUGUCCACUAAUGGAGCUGAAUCCGAGCUGUAG